AUGGCUACCCUCAAGAGAGGCAGAGAGAAGGGCCGGUACACCCUCAAUGAGGUGAUGACAUGGGAGUACACCAUCAACAUCCAUCGAUAAACACUUAAAAUACCAUUUAAAAAAAAAAAACCCUUCAAGGAGAUAUGUAAAUUUGCUAUGAAAGAGAUGAGAAGUCCCAAUGUACACAUUAACACCAGGCUAAACAAAGCUGUCUGGGCCAAAGGAAUAAGGAACAUCCCCUACAACAUGUGGGUUUGUCUGUCAGGAAAGCAAAAUGAAGAUGAAGACUCAGCCAACAAGUUGUAUACACAGGUACAUAAGUGAACUGUGGUCAUUUAUGUACCAGUCUCCACCUUCAAAAACCUGCAGACAAUCAUUUUGGAUGAAAACUGA